CACCACACACUUCCAACUAUGGCGCCAAAAGCUGCAGCAGCCAAAGAAAAGCUCAUCGACGACGAGGAGGAGGUUCUCCAAGCCGUGAUCUUAGCCGACAGCUUCGACAAACGAUUUCGUCCACUGACCACUCACACACCCAGAUGUCUAUUACCGAUAUGCAAUGCGCCCCUCCUAGACUGGACAUUCGAGAGCCUGGCACUAGCGGGAGUGCAGGAGAUUUUUGUGGUUUGCCGGUCCCAUGCUGAGAAGGUCAAGCAGGCGAUAAGCGAAUCAAAAUGGUCUCGUCCUGGCUCUGGAAUCAAGAUCGUCCCCAUUAUGACCGCCAAAGAAACAUUCUCUGCAGGAGAUGCAAUGCGAGAUGUGUAUACGCGUGGGCUUGUCACUACUGAUUUUGUGCUCGUCAUGGGUGAUUUGGUCAGUAACAUCCGCAUCGACGAGGUGGUGCGCGUCCACAAGGAGCGGCGGAAGACAAACAAGGACGCCAUUAUGACUAUGGUCGUCAAGGAGAGCGGGGAAAAUCAUAGAACUAGAACCACCGGCGACCAAUCUGUGUUUGUGCUUGAUGCAGCGACGUCAGAGUGUUUGCACUACGAACAUGUCUCUGGCUACCCCGCCACGAAAACGACGCGAAUACCCAGAGAAGUGUUAGAAGCACAUCCAGAAAUCGAAAUCCGCAACGACCUCAUCGACUGCUCGAUCGAUGUGUGCUCUGUUGAAGUUCCCUCGCUCUUUCAAGACAACUUCGAUUACGAAGAUCUAAGAAGAGACUUCCUUCAUGGUGUUUUGACAUCCGAUCUCCUCAUGAAGAACAUAUACUGCUAUGUCGCCCAAGAGGGUUAUGCUGCCCGCGUCAAAGACACCAAAAGCUACGAUUCCAUCAGGCUAGUACCGCUUCUAGCAACCCCUCUUGUUUCUGAACACAUAUCUAGCAAGGAUAUUCUGUCACGAUGGACUUUCCCACUCGUCCCCGACGACAACCACCCUGGCGGUCACGUUUAUCGACAUAGCAGGGGCAACAAAUACGUUGCAGCCGAAGUCUCAUUAGCGAGGACAGCCAAAAUCGGGAACAACACACUGAUCGGUGCUGGCACCAGGAUCUUAGAGAACGCUCAGGUGACUGGCUCGGUCAUUGGGCGAAACUGUGUGAUUGGGGCCGGUAGCGUUAUAGACGGCGCCUAUAUUUUUGACGGAACAGUGGUCGGCGCUGGAUGCACAGUUAGACGGAGCAUUAUUGGGGCAGGCGUGAUGAUCAAGGACAAGACCAACGUCGAGCGAGGCUGCAUUGUCGGCAAUGGUGUCGCAGUUGGUCCGUCUGGGGCUGUGAUGCCUUUUGAGCGACUAUCAAAGCGGAGAGAAAUCUCAGCGCCACGGUCUGACGAGGAAGAAGACUCUGAUAUUGAUGAUAUUGAAGCGAAUCAGCCAGGCGAUUCGAUUUCUGUGCUGGGCGGGCAGACGAAUGCCGUUAUAUGGCCUCAGGGCCCCUCAGAGGACGAUGAUGAGGACGCUGUUGUGGAGUACAAGGUUCAGCGGCUACGGAGAAUAGCGGACACAGGAUCAGACCUGGACUAUUCGGACGACGAUGACUCAGCGCCGAUGACCGACGACGAGAGCGACGAUUCACAAGACGAGCUGAGUGGUGAUGGCUCAUUCGAUGGCAGCGAAGACGACUCGGACGAUGAGGCCCCGCCGAUAAUACCUGGGACAAGCAACAUGAUGGAGGAAGCAGAGUUCCAAAGCGAAGUCAAGCAGUCGCUGCAGCGGGCGUUCAAGGAAGGCCAUUCGGUCGAUAACGCUGCUGUUGAGCUCAAAACACUGCGCAUGGCAAGCAAUGUGCCUCUCGAGCGAGUGCGCGAAGCUGUCAUAGCAGCAGUUGUAGAGGCCAUUCCGAUCGUGCCCGUGGCUGCAACUCAACGGAAAGAAAUCUCCGCCGUUGUGGGACGGUGGGGCCCAUUAGUCAACAACAUCGGUGGUGUCGAUGCAGUCCAGACAUUAGAAGCUCUCCAGAUGCAUUGUGUUACUUCCGACCGAUUCCCACUCUUUGGUCAGAUCUUGGCCGAGUUUUACCAGACUGAUAUUGUCGAAUUCGAGGACAUGCGGAAAUGGCAUGGGUCGGCUGCUGCGAAAGGCGAGGGACUGUCAGAAGGUCCGACGACGGAGAACGUUAAGCGGUCGUGGGUGGUUGCCGGUCAGUUGAUGCAACAGAUCGAGAAGCUGGAAAAUGAGAGCGAGAGUGAGGAUGACGGCGACGGAGAAAGCGGAAGCGGAGAGGAGAGCGACUCGGAAGAAGAAGACUCCAAUGCCAAGACCCAGCCUCCGAGUGCCGUCAGUGGGACAAAUACUGUUGAAGAGUCCAGUGCAGAAAGCGACAGUGAAGAGGCCGAUACUGGCAGUGAGGAGGAGGACUCGGAGGAGGAGAUGAAGACCGUAUCUCCAGCCAAUCCUGCCGUGGUGACCAAACCCGAAGCCGUGACCAAACCCGAAGCUAGCACCGAUCACGAUAAAGUGAAAGGGAAAGCUGUCACGAAACCGGAGAGUAGCGAUAGCGAAGAGACAAGCGAGGCGGGAGAGGACGACAGCACUAGCGAGGAGGAUUCAGAAGAGGACGACAGCGAAGCAGAGGAAGAAACCAAGAUUAAUCCUCCAGCCCCUCCUGCGAAACCCGAAAGCAGUGCCAAUAAAGACAAACCAGAAAGCACAGUCAGUCCAACCCCUGCAAAAGCCGAAAGCAGUGGAGGAACCAAGAUUAAUCCUCCAGCUCCUCCUGCGAAACCCGAAAGCAGUGCCAAACCAGAAAUCACAGCCGAAAGCAGUGGAAGCGAAGAGGAGACCACUAGCGAAGAGGAGGACAGCGAUGACGAGAGCUCUGAAAUCCAGAACAAGCCUCCGACGGCCAGUGUCGCAGCCAAUCCCGAAAGCAGUGCUGUCCAGGGAAAGGUGGAGACCAAUCCCGAGACUCCGAAAGCUAAACCCGAGGCCCAGGCUGAGAGUAGUGAGAACGAAGACACUAGCGAGGAAGAGGACGAUUCAGAGGAGGAGAGCAGCGAGGAAGAGACGACCAACAACAAACCUGCAAGUGCUGUUGGUGGAAGCGCCGACGGAUCAAAAAUUGGAAGCACUCCUCCGGUUCAAACAAAGCCCGAAAGCGGUGUCAAGGCUGGGCCUAAGGUCGAAAGCAGUGAAGAAGAAACUAGUGAAGAGGAUAGCGACUCGGACUCGGAGGAGAGUGAGUAG